GAAUUUUAAUUUAAAAUUUUAAAAUAUUUUUGAAUUUUUUAUAUAUUUAUUUAUCCACCGCAACCGCAAACGCUAGGUGAAACCAUCUUUUGAUUUUAAGAGGUUCAGAGCGGUUUGAAGCGAUUUGUAACGGUUUGUAUAAUUGUUUCGAAAUACUGUCAACCGCUACCAACCGCAAAAACUGCGUUUGUGGGUAGUAGCGGGGAAACCAGUCAAACCCUUAAUAGUCUACUACAAAACAGAUUAAAUAAACUGAUUAUUCCAUUUUGACUCACAUUAAUCCAUAAUUAUAUUUAUGUAAAUAUAAUAUUAGAUUAUAGAAAGAUAAAGUAACAUAUAUUAUCAAUGUAUAAAAUAUCAUAAAAUGUUAAAAUAUCUUAUAGCAAUGUAGAAAAGUUAAACUUACAUUACAAAACUUUAUAAUAAUUAUUCUAUUAAAUUAAAUUAUCACAAAAUUAAUUUUUUAAAGGAUAUUUCUGAGCUAACCGCCAGAUCAUUAAGUCUUGUCUUUUCUUUGGCAAAAAGUUUGAAAUAUUUCCAAUUUUGUUUUUGCCUCUUCUCCACGUUACUUGAUAUCUAAGUAUAAAAGUUAUCAUGAGAAAAGAGAAGAAGAGAGUUUUACCUAGUUCCUUCCCAGUUACAAGCUACAAGGAUCAUGAACCAACUGGUAUCUUCACCAUCCUUCGGCCAAGCCGCCGUUAGGUCCCUCAACUACAUCCGUCCACUCUACGCAGCUCUACCUCUAAUAUCAGCAGGACUCAACGCCGCCUCCAAGCCCGCCACCACCACCGUCCGCAAGUUCAGCAGCUCUCCCGUGCCUAAUAUCAACAGGAUUAAGUCUCCCGCUGCUCCUAUGACGCAACUAUCCUCCGCCGCCAGCGCCUUCGUCCGUAACUUCAGCAGCAACUCCUCUGCUAGUGCUGUUCUCGACAGAUUCCAAAUCACGCCCCAGACUAACUGGGGAGUCCGAAUCGUGCCGGAGAGGAAGGCGUGCGUGGUCGAGCGGUUCGGCAAAUACGUCAAGACUCUGGGGUCGGGGAUUCACUUCCUUGUUCCCGGUGUGGAUCGCAUCGCUUAUGUUCAUUCCCUCAAGGAGGAAGCCAUUCCGAUUGGCAAUCAGUCUGCCAUCACAAAGGAUAACGUCAGCAUCAACAUCGACGGUGUUCUAUACGUCAAGAUAGUGGACCCUAAACUAGCUUCUUAUGGUGUUGAGAAUCCAGUUUACGCUGUUGUCCAGUUGGCUCAGACUACAAUGCGUAGUGAGCUCGGUAAGAUUACACUUGACAAGACCUUUGAGGAACGAGAUACUCUCAAUGAGAAAAUUGUGGAAGCUAUCAAUGUUGCUGCAAAACAUUGGGGUCUUGAGUGCCUUCGUUAUGAGAUAAAGGAUAUUAUGCCUCCUAAUGGAGUGAAGGUUGCUAUGGAAAUGCAAGCUGAAGCUGAACGUAGAAAGAGAGCCCAGAUUCUUGAGUCUGAAGGAACACGUCAAGCCCAUAUCAACAUUGCUGAUGGUAAGAAAAGUUCCGUAAUCUUGGAAUCAGAAGCUGCCAAGAUGGACCAAGUCAAUCGAGCAUCAGGUGAAGCAGAAGCAAUAUUAGCUAGAGCACAAGCCACAGCCAGGGGUCUGACCUUGUUAUCUCAAUCCAUCAAAGAAACUGGUGGAGUGGAGGCUGCGAGUUUGAGAGUUGCGGAGAAAUACAUUGAAGCUUUUGGCAACAUCGCUAAGGAGGGUACAACAAUGUUGCUUCCGAGUUCUGCUGAAAAUCCUGCAAACAUGAUCGCUCAAGCUUUGACAAUGUACAAAAGUCUCGUCCCCAAGAGUGCUCUCCAAGAAACUUUAGCAGUGGAAUCCUCUGACGUGGUUACCUGAGCUACACAUUUCACUAGAAGCCAUGGUAGCUGAACUAGGAACUAUAAUUAUUUUUUGACCUGUGAAAGCUUUUUCAUAUGAGAGACAGUUAUCAACUUAUCUAUAUAUACCUUAGUGUCAUUUUUUUCGCAAACAAGAAAACAUACCCCUAAUCUCCUAAGGGGGUUUUCUCCAGAUUUGGUUGGCUUUUUUCUUGUUGUCUUAAAUCUUUAUUUUAGU